GUAGUCCAUGCGGAGCUGAUGUUUACACCAGCAAGGAAAAAGGAAGUACACACUGUACCACAUCCAAAGCCAUCAUGUCUCGAAAGCUUUAGUCCUGUCAGAACUGCGGUAUAACUAAGUAAAUAAAAAAGGGCACGGGACGAUUACUUUGUGGAUCCAAAAGAUUUUGCAUGAACCGCUAGUUGUCGCCGUCCGAAGGGAAUAAGCUGGCUUGAUCGUCAGCCAUGGGCGCUCGGUGGUCCCGCAGCUCCGUCCCGCUGGCCCUUAUCCCGCCGGGGGAGGACGCGGCGUCCCAGAACGGCGAGAACAACGACGAGGAUGCAGACGAUGACUCGCUGAACGGCCUGGACCGACAGGAUGACAUCGCCCGGUUCCCCUACGUGGAGUUCACUGGCAGAGACAGCAUUACCUGCCCGACGUGCCAGGGCUCGGGUCGGAUACCCUCCGAGCAAGUGAACGAGUUGGUGGCACUGAUUCCUUAUAGUGACCAAAGACUGCGGCCCCAGAGGACGAAGCUGUACGUGGUUCUGUCCGCCGUAGUGUGUCUCUUGGCCUCUGCCCUGGUGGCCUUCUUCCUGUUCCCACGUUCCGUGGUCGUCGUGGACGACGGGAUCCGCUCGGUGACGGUGCACUUCGACCACUCCGGGACCAGGGUUCUGAUGAACAUGACGAGCUCGCUGAACUUCACCAACUCCAACUUCUUCUCUGUGCUGGUGAAGAGCCUCAGCUGCCAGGUGCUGUACAUGAAGACGGUGGUGGGCACCCAGCAGCUGGACGACGUCAUCACCAUCCAGCCGCUGAGCACGAAACAGGUGAACUACACCGUCAGCGUGGUGAUCGGGGACAGCGCCCCCUAUGUCUAUUUCUUCUGCACCAUGCCCAGUAUCAAGGUCCACAACAUUGUGGUUUUUACCCAGACGUCGGUGAAGACCUCCAACCUGGUGCGCUCGUCCCAGAACAGCCUGGAGGCCUACCGCUACAUCGACUGCGGCAGCAACUCCACCUACGCCCAGCUCUCACACCACCGCUGGCACCGCCUCCCCAGCCACCCGGGGGGCGGCAGCAGCAGCAGCCCUCCGUCGCAGCCCCCCCUGGCGCCCGACGCCCUCCUGCCCAACGCCUUCACGCCCAGCCCCCAGUCCUGGACGGCGCCAGGACCCCCGGUCUCGUAACGGGGCUUGGAGGAGGGGGGGGGGGGGGGGGAGGUGUAGAUCCACUGGACUGGAGCAACACUGGUAACAACGCUUUUGCUCACGGCUGUUAUAGUAUUUAUUUAUUCUUGUUUUUGUUUUUUUUGAGGGUCCGCGCAAAGUGUGUAUGAUGGAAAAACGAAAAAAAAAAAAGCCUAUGAGUUUUGAUAUUGAGUUUAACUUGCACUAUCGGCGAUUAGCUUUUAGUUGUCAGCUUAGCCAUGGAAAGUCAGGUUAAUAGCGUUGCUUUAAUGUGGCUCAUUUGAGGCACAGCUAGGGCUUUCUGGGGAGGUACAUGUCACAACACUAGUAUAGGAGUCCACCGCCUGUUUAUGGUGGCAGGCCAAGUCUUUAUUUUUUUAUUCUGAAGGGAAGUGGUAGGAUCACUUUGGAACCCUAAGUUGUACUUUAAUUAACAAAAAGAACCAGCAAACGAUCUUCCUCUCAGGUGAACUCUCAGGACGUGCUCCAUUCCCCUCGGUGGAUAGUGCGUUUCCCUCAGGCCCGUCCAUGACAUUCCCAACAUUUGGGCAGCCAUGGUGUUUUCAUUGGCCACAAUGGCAUCUCUCUAUAAUGUCAGACUGCUCUAUCAACAAGCUUCUGCUAGUAGGCAUGACAAGUAACAAACAACCUCCUUCAACAGAGAGCUGUUGUUGUUGAGCGUUUAUCGAAACGAUUGGGAGCAGCUGUGUGGAAUUUGGCUUCUCGAGACAAUAGACAAAUACGUUUUUUUUUUCCAAUUCAAAUCUUCUGGACUUUAAAUUGGAGAUAGUAAUUUUGCUGUGUAACACUUUUUUCACUAAGUUGACACAUGACCGUUAAGGUUAAUCUUAUUUGUUUGAGGUGUCAAGGGUCACUGGAGAUAGAGAUAAUAUACAGUCUACUUCUUGCUGAUAUCUUUUAUGUAUUUAGACAACUGAAGGACUUAACGCUUACCUUGCUCCUCACCGUAUUCUAAUGUCACAGAAAAUAACGUUGAUAAGCUCAUCUCUUCCCUCUCACCUGUACCCACUAACUCCCUCUCCACUUAACCCCUCUGCACCAUGACCUUACCAUGCUAGCCGUGCAAUACUUCCUUCAACACAGCAUUUCAAAAUAAGGGCUUUUGAAGUUUUUUGAUAUUUUGACUGAAAUUAAAAUAUAUUUUUACUAGGCCACAAUUUUUUUAUUAAAAUCAUAUGACCCAUGCCAAUUAAGGGAUAGGGAUUGGGAUAAAAUAAUGAAAUAAGAGUUUCAAGAUUUGAAAGUUCACCCAUGGAUGAUAUGAUGCAUCUUUUGGGCUCUCAGCCUCAAACGUUUGAUAUAUUUCACCAAAAAAGGAAAAACAAAACCUAUUAAUUGCGGUUGAUCUUGGGACUUUUAUUUUGUUUUAAGUGAUGGCGAUUUGCAUAUGUUUUUUAAAUUUCAAUGAAUGAUGCUUUAAUAGAGAAUGUUAUUUAAUAUCAUUGUGGUGUUGAUUUGUUGCAAAAUAAAUAAUUAAAGGGAAUUAUGAACUAAUUGAA